AGCGGUAACAUGGGGGCAUCAGAAGUACCAUGGGGGCAUCAGCGCUACCAUGGGGGCAUCCGGGGGGGUCGUUGCGGUGCUAGAUCGAUGCAGUGACGCUUGCAGCCGCUUUUUUUUAUACAAAAUAGUCGAUAUUUUCUAACCGAGGCGCCAUUACGAGUAACGACCCCCCAUAUUUGGGGGGUUCCCCGCGAGCACCCCGGCUUCCGUAACAAGCACAACCUCACCGAGAGCAGAAUUUGCACGUUUCUAGGGAAACCGAAUAAAGGGGAAAGGCUUGAGCACAAGGGGUUAAACGGGGGGGGGAAUGUAGAGCCCCCCCUAGCCCCGGGGGCCACACUACCUAAUGCCUUGUACUCAUACAUCAUUGCGUCAUUCCAACUCCCCCCAAACUUCAUUCAAAUGACCCCCCAUUGUCCCCCGCUGCCUUCCUAUAACCUUCCCAGAAUGCAUCUGUGUGUAAUCUCCGCUAACCAUGGCCAUACUCAUUCUCGCCAGGCUUCUCUAUUGCCCCCCCCCCAUGUAAUUCGCUUCCCGUAACCGCCAUUCAGCCGCCAUUCUCCAUCCGUCUGCUUCUUACCCCUCGGAAGCCUCACAGUUGCCCCCGGGAUAUUGUAGGUACAGUCACAUAUAAGGGCAAGUAAAGGGCAAGUAAAGCCGCAGUCACUAUAUUGGUUGUUGGCACUUAGGCCCCAGGCUGCCAUAGGACAGGCAGUUAGUACAGGGGGCUCCAUUGUGGCCCUUAGGGGACUGAGGGCGGGGAUACCUACAUGCCCCUCCCACCACCCCUAAUGGAGAGCUGCCAAUCAUAUUAUCCUUAUUAUUGAUUGUGUUUGGAUCUAAUUAGUUAAUUGGCUGACAGGAGCUAAUGAACCAUAGCACUUAAUGAAACGGGUCAGUAAUUAAUGGGGGGUUCAGACUGGUACCAGCACUUAUAGAUUCUAUCACCCCCAAAUCCUUCCAUUCACCCCCAAUGCCUUCAUAAGCUCCGCCCUCAUUGGUGAAUGGGAAAAUCAUUAUGGGGAGCAGAUUAACCCCCCCAAAUCAUAACUUCCUGUAAAUAUAACGAACCAGAGCAAUAACGGACCCCCCCCCGGCGCUGCAGAACCGCUCUCAUGUUUUCCUUUAUGCAAAUGUUAAUUCCGCCGGUCGUUAGUUUCUAAUUAGAGCCUUUUGGGAAUAAUGUUUAACGAGGAGAGUUCUGAUGUUUGUCCGACCAAUAAAAAUGUGUCGCCUUUACCUCACGCUUCUCCUUUAUUCUCCGGCGCUGCUCCGUACUGAUCCAUUUGCCCCAUAGCGGCCUGGCUAGAAUGAGUAUGGACUGGUGGGGCAGUGGGCUUGCAGGGAGUCAUUUGAUUGGCUGGUGAGUAUCACACUGCUCUAUGUGAUUGGUUACACCUGGGAACUGUAAAGAAAGGCAACGGAUACCGGUACCAGAACUUUCUCAUGUGAGUGACACAUAUGGGCCUGGUACCGGCAGGGAGUCCCACUGUGUGUGUAUGGGGGGUACCUAUGUUCUGUAUAUGGGCCGGUACCGGCAGGGAGUCCCACUGUGUGUGUAUGGGGGGUACCUAUGUUCUGUAUAUGGGCCGGUACCGGCAGGGAGUCCCACUGUGUGUGUAUGGGGGGUACCUAUGUUCUGUAUAUGGGCCGGUACCGGCAGGGAGUCCCACUGUGUGUGUAUGGGGGUACCUAUGUUCUGUAUAUGGGCCGGUACCGGCAGGGAGUCCCACUGUGUGUGUAUGGGGGGUACCUAUGUUCUGUAUAUGGGCCGGUACCGGCAGGGAGUCCCACUGUGUGUGUAUGGGGGGGUACCUAUGUUCUGUAUAUGGGCCGGUACCGGCAGGGAGUCCCACUGUGUGUGUAUGGGGGGUACCUAUGUUCUGUAUAUGGGCCGGUACCGGCAGGGAGUCCACUGUGUGUGUAUGGGGGGUACCUAUGUUCUGUAUAUGGGCCGGUACCGGCAGGGAGUCCCACUGUGUGUGUAUGGGGGGUACCUAUGUUCUGUAUAUGGGCCGGUACCGGCAGGGAGUCCCACUGUGUGUGUAUGGGGGGUACCUAUGUUCUGUAUAUGGGCCGGUACCGGCAGGGAGUCCCACUGUGUGUGUAUGGGGGGUACCUAUGUUCUGUAUAUGGGCGGUACCGGCAGGGAGUCCCACUGUGUGUGUAUGGGGGGGGUACCUAUGUUCUGUAUAUGGGCCGGUACCGGCAGGAGUCCCACUGUGUGUGUAUGGGGGAUACCUAUGUUCUGUAUAUGGGCCGGUACCGGCAGGGAGUCCCACUGUGUGUGUAUGGGGGGGUACCUAUGUUCUGUAUAUGGGCCGGUACCGGCAGGGAGUCCCACUGUGUGUGUAUGGGGGGGUACCUAUGUUCUGUAUAUGGGCCGGUACCGGCAGGGAGUCCUGCUGUGUGUGUAUGGGGGGUACCUAUGUUCUGUAUAUGGGCCGGUACCGGCAGGGAGUCCCACUGUGUGUAUGGGGGGGGUACCUAUGUUCUGUAUAUGGGCCGGUACCGGCAGGGAGUCCCACUGUGUGUGUAUGGGGGUACCUAUGUUCUGUAUAUGGGCCGGUACCGGCAGGGAGUCCCACUGUGUGUGUAUGGGGGGUACCUAUGUUCUGUAUAUGGGCCGGUACCGGCAGGGAGUCCCACUGUGUGUGUAUGGGGGGUACCUAUGUUCUGUAUAUGGGCCGGUACCAGCAGGGAGUCCCACUGUGUGUGUAUGGGGGGUACCUAUGUUCUGUAUAUGGGCCGGUACCGGCAGGGAGUCCCACUGUGUGUGUAUGGGGGGUACCUAUGUUCUGGAAUGAAGGGAUCCAAGUGCCUGUGGUUCUGUUGGUGGAUCCAUAUGUAGAUAUGUGUGUGGGUUCCAGCGCCCCCUGUGGGUGGGGGUAACAGCGCUAAUAACCCCCCUGUAUUUGCUCUCAGUGG